AAAAAAAAAAAAAAAAACGAAAAACCUCUCUCUCGAGACUUACACAGACAGACGAUGAGCCUUGUACGGAGAGCUCGUCUGUAUUCACGGCUCAUGGCAUCUCGUCCUCGUCUCUUCUCGAACCCACUCUCUCCUUCUCUUCACCGUCACUGCUCAUCAUCUUUCUCCCCAGCUCCCCCCAGGAUAAAUUUUCAGUUAACCAAGGUUUUGAGUCAAGGGCUGAUACAAAGAAAUGCAAUUUCAUCACGGUCCUUUAUGUCAACAACCAUAUCCACCGAGGCCUUCCAAGAGAGCGCCACAUCUAAGGGUUACAGCUCUGAGCAAAUCCAAGUGCUGGAAGGAUUAGACCCUGUCAGAAAACGCCCAGGGAUGUACAUAGGGAGCACUGGAACUCGUGGUUUGCACCAUCUGGUUUAUGAGAUACUAGACAACGCAAUUGAUGAGGCUCAAGCUGGUUAUGCUUCGAAGGUUGAUGUUGUUCUGCAUGCAGAUGGUUCUGUCAGCGUUAUGGACGAUGGGCGUGGGAUACCUACUGAUUUGCAUCCUGCGACUAAAAAAUCUUCACUGGAGACUGUUCUUACGGUGUUACAUGCUGGUGGCAAGUUUGGUGGCACAAGUAGCGGUUACAGUGUGUCUGGUGGAUUACAUGGAGUCGGUUUGUCAGUUGUAAACGCGCUGUCUGAGGCUCUGGAGGUCACGGUAUGGAGAGAUGGGAUGGAGCAUAAGCAAACUUAUUCUCGUGGAAAGCCCACAACUACACUCACUCGCAGUGAUCUUCCCCUAGAGUCAAAGGGGACUAAAGGGACAAGCAUCAGGUUUUGGCCUGACAAAGAAGUAUUCACAACUGGAAUUGAGUUCGACCAUAACACCAUUGCUAAGCGAAUCCGGGAGCUUGCAUUUCUGAAUCCAAAGGUUACCAUAUCUCUUAAAAAGGAGGAUGAUGAUCCUGAAAAGAGCCAAUACACCGAACAUUUCUAUGCUGGAGGAUUAAGUGAAUAUGUUAGCUGGCUAAAUACUGAUAAGACUCCGAUUCAUGACGUGCUCGGCUUCAGGAAAGAGAUUAAUGGUGCCACCAUUGACGUUGCCCUUCAGUGGUGCUCAGAUGCAUAUUCAGACACAAUGCUGGGAUACGCCAAUAGCAUUCGCACCAAUGAUGGUGGAACACACAUCGAAGGUGUGAAAGCGUCAUUAACGAGGACCUUGAACACCCUUGUAAAAAAGUCUAAGGCGGUUAAGGAGAAGGAUAUCAACUUAAGUGGAGAACAUGUUAGAGAGGGACUGACUUGUGUUGUCUCUGUCAAGAUUCCUAAUCCUGAGUUUGAAGGUCAAACAAAGACAAGAUUAGGAAAUCCAGAGGUGAGGAAAAUUGUAGACCAAUCGGUUCAGGAGUAUCUCACGGAGUAUCUGGAAUUGCAUCCAGAUGUACUCGACAGCAUUAUUUCCAAAUCCCUUAACGCUUACAAGGCUGCAUUGGCUGCCGAGAAGGCACGUGAGUUGGAAAGAUCGAAAAGGGUCUUGAAGUCAUUAUCACUUCCUGGGAAACUCUCUGAUUGCUCGUCAACAAAUCCUGAAGAAUCUGAGAUUUUUAUCGUGGAAGGAGAUUCUGCUGGUGGCAGUGCAAAACAGGGACGUGACAGACGUUUUCAGGCAAUUCUUCCUUUGAGAGGUAAGAUUCUGAACAUUGAAAGAAAGGAUGAAGCAGCCAUGUAUAAGAAUGAAGAGAUUCAAAAUCUGAUUCGUGCCCUUGGCCUUGGUGUAAAGGGAGAAGAUUUCAAGUUGGAGAAGUUGCGGUACCACAAGAUUAUCAUCUUAACAGAUGCAGAUGUUGAUGGUGCACAUAUCCGGACGCUUCUGCUUACCUUUUUCUUCAGAUACCAGAGAGCCUUGUUUGAUGCUGGUUGCAUAUAUGUUGGUGUUCCACCUCUUUUCAAGGUUGAGAGGGGAAAACAAGCACAAUAUUGCUAUGACGAUGCAGACCUUAAAAAGAUUACAUCAGACUUCCCUGCAAAUGCAUCCUACACCAUUCAAAGGUUCAAAGGGUUGGGAGAGAUGAUGCCAGAGCAGCUUUGGGAAACAACGAUGAAUCCAGAAACAAGGAUCUUGAAGCAACUCGUUGUUGAUGAUAUAGCAGAAGCCAGUAUGACUUUCUCUUCUCUUAUGGGUACUCGGGUUGAUGUCCGGAAAGAACUUAUAAAAAAUGCAGCCACUAGGAUCAAUCUGCAGCAUCUCGACCUAUAGCAUGAAACCGCCUUUCCACCUGGUGACAGGACAUUAGAAGUUAGUUAUUGGAGACAUCAUCUAGUCUGAGACAUAUUAUUAGUUCUUCUCGAGAUGUUGCCUUUCUAUGAAACCUUCAGUAGACGUAAGUAGUAAAAAUGCUUUUGAUAAAUUUAUAAGCUGCAUUGAUAAACUUAGAAAUUAA